AUGUCUCAACGAACCGUUUUAAACGAGCCGUACAAAGGCCUCGUGGAAAAUCUAGCCAUCCCCGCAGAAGUACACGAGGUGGAGGGACGUCGAUAUGCUAGCUGUGCAACGUUACUGCCGAUACAUUGUUGUAAUCCGGAACAGGUGGCGGAACUGUCAGAAAAAACUCAUCACUAUUGCGACGUUUUUACUGAGCAAGAUUUAGCGGCGUUCGGAGAAUUGGCUUACGUCAGACUCGAUACAGAUACUGCUGAGAAGGUAUUUCUCAAUAGAGCGAAGCGCAUCCUUGUACUAUCCAGCGACGGCAAGUUAGCGCAGUGGCGCUGCGCUCCAACGUUCGAGUCUGCCAACCAGUAUAUAGCGGGUGCUCCCAUUGUCAAUAAGGACGGCAGCAUCGUGUCCAUUGUGACUGUCAAGAGGGGGAACAAUUAUGCUGUUUCUAAUGCUGAGGGCGAAGGAGGCUACUUCGAGACCUCAAAGCCUUGGGAAACCUUCGAUGCGGGUGACGCGAAAUUUAUUUAUGCUGAUAAAACCUUCGCCACUCGCGAAGAGUUACGCGAAUACGUGAUGUCACUACCACCGGCGUCAUUAGCCUCGCCGCCUCGACCCAUACUUAUUAAGGGGAAGGUUUCUAGAAUAGCGUUGGUGGAUGACAAUGGAAGGCAGCUGGUACAUGCGUAUUUGUCUGGAGUGCUAACAGAUGUACAGUACUUGUAA